UACAAUUUUUCAUUUAUGCAUUUAUUUAUUUUAUUACCAGCAAGUAAUCAAGCUCCGGCACAUAGAGGUCCAGUGCAUCAAGGUCAAGUACAUCGAGGUCCAGUGCAUCGAACUGCAAUCCGUCAUCGAAGACUUUCAGUUGAAGCGCAACCAGAUGGUUUAGGAAACAUUCUUCCCGUAGGCAAGCUGCUUAAUAACUUAGGAAGCACUGUCAAUCUAAAAAAAACUCUUGGAGGCCUUACAAAUGCUCUUGACCUAUCCGAACUUCCAGUAGUAGGCUCUUUGGUUAAUGGUGUAGAAAACACUGUAUCAAAAACUGUUGGAGGUCUUACAGACGCUCUUGACCUAUCUAAGACUCUUGGAGGCCUAACAAAUGUUCUUGACUUAAAAAAAACUCUUGGAGGUUUGACAAAUGUCCUGGAUCUAUCAAAAAUUCUUAAGGGUUUAACAGACGUACUCGACUUAUCAAAAACUGUUGGUGGCUUAACUAACCUUCUUGAUCUAUCAAAAAUUCCAAUUGUUGGACCCGUUGUUGGAGAUUUAGCUGGAGAUUUAAAUCUCAACCUAGGGGGAGGUGAUAAAGGAUCUGGUGCAGCUGGAAGUAAUGAUGCUGGUGUGGUAGGAGGACUAUUGGGCGGAAUUGGAGGAGUUACAAAUACUCUUGGCUUAGGCGGUGGAACAGGUGCAGGAACGGAAUCUGGUGAGGCGCCAAGAGGAAUAAUUGGUGGUCUCUUGGGAGAAAAUGGAGAUGGCUUAAUAGGAGGCAUCUUAGGUGGAAUUGGAGAUUUGACAGGAGGUGUUCUUGAUUUAAAUAAGAUACUUAAGGUUCUUGAUUUAUCGAAUUUGCUCAACCUUCUUAAAAAUCUACAGUUAGGAAGUCUGCUAGAUCUUAAAGAUCUACUUGGUGGCUUAACUAAUAUUCUAGAUCUAUCACAUCUUCCAGUUGUAGGACCACUCCUGGAUGAUCUCGAUUUGUCAACACUUCCGGUUGUAGGACCACUUGUUGGACAAGUGGAAAAUCUAUUGUAGAUUAAGAUGUAGCUUUUCCGAGUCUUUUGUCUAGCGGAAAUCGCAAAACUAGAAGAUACUGUAUUUUUCCAUCUGUCAAUCUGUCACAAUGCAUGCUUGAUACUAAUAAAGAUUCACGAUAAAAAAAGUGUAUUUUAUUUUUUUAACCAGCUUAACAAGUGCAAAUAAACAAAA